CGCUAACCAUCCCUUCACGAGUAUCAUGUUUGGGUCUUCCAAUACCUCAAACAAUAUAUUUGGCAAUAGCCAGACACAGAACUCGGGAGGCUCGAUGUUUGGGAGCGCGGCCCAGCCCUCUAAUACAUCGUUUGGCCAAAACACAAACGCGUUUGGCGCUAACCCCCAGAUCGCAAACAAUGCCACCCUGACCAAUCUCUUUGGCACUGCAAGCGCCAACACUGGUAGCAACAAUAAUAGUGCAUCGACCUUUGGUACUAAUACUAACGCCGUUAGCAAUGGUACCACCAACACCGGAUUCGGCGCUAGUAGCACUCCUGCCUCCAAUGGGGUCACGUCUAUGUUUGGCAACUCCAAUGGGACCACUGGGACUGGUGCCACGACCAUCUCUGGAUUCGGCAAUAAUACUAUCACUGCUCCUGGUAUGUUUGGGGGCAACUCUGCCACUACUCCUAACACAUUUGGAAACAACUCUGCCAUUGCUCCUAGCACAUUUGGAAACAACUCAGCCACUGCUCCUAGCAUGUUUGGGAAUAGCUCUAUCACUUCCAGAAGUGGUUUGUUUGGCAAUAGAUCCACUGGGGUAUCCUCAGGUAUGUUUGGAAACAGCUCUGGGACGUCUGGGACGUUCGGCAACUCUGGAACUCUGUCCACCACCCAGAACCCGUACACUUACGGAACAGCGAUCCCCACUGCAAAGAUUGAAACUAUGCCAAAGUCAUUAACCGCUGCGACCCCGCCUGUCAGCGAAUUCGCGUUAGGCCACGCAAAGCGCAAGCGCCAGUCGGUAAGCGAAGGCACAGCCUCGACAAGCGGCUCGCUCUUGAACCGCUUGGGCAACACGUUGCGCUUCUUUUCCAAAUCCAAAAGUAGAGAGGAAGGCCCGGGCUUGUUUACAACCACCAACACCCACGACAUUGCGAACGCACUAGAAUCCAACGCUGCGGGCUUCUCGCCGCAUUUCUCUUUCAAUCUUGGCUUCGGGACUGAGCCUGUGGCGAACGUAACAAAGUUCCAGUCGUAUGCCCUCCGCAAGAUGACGGCUAAGAGCUACGCCGAUGCGUCCGACAUCAAGAAGUUGGUGAUCAAGCACCAGCCUUCGAAGUUCAAUCUCAUCGACGCCAACGAGGUGUUGAUCAAGAGAAGACGGAUCGCAUACGAAGGAAGCAAUGCAUUGGUGGAAAGUGAUGAUGAUGUGGAGGUUGAAGAAGUCAAGGAGACGCCAGAACCGGAAAAUAACGAUGAAAUCAGCGUGGAAAUUGAGGAAGCCCCCAAACACAACGACUACUGGUGCUCCCCCUCGGUUGCAGAUUUAUCAUCCAUGAACAUGGAGCAGUUAGCCAACGUGGAGAACUUCAUCGUCGGGAGGGUCGGGUUUGGCAGCAUCCGCUUCAACUACCCGGUGGACAUCACCAAGCUAGCCGAAGACAUCGAAGGCAAGCUCUUCGACAACAUUGUGAAGUUCAACACCAAGAAUGUCCAGGUAUACUCCAACAUUUCCGCGGAUGAGAAACCACCGAUGGGCCAGGAAUUGAACAUCCCGUCAACCAUCACCAUCGAAAAGGUGUUCCCCAAAAAUCCCAAGCGUGUACACGAAUUCACCAAGAGCCUCCAGCACCAGCGCGGCAUGGAGUUUGUCACCUACGACCCCACUACCGGGAUCUGGGUCUUUAAGGUUAAGCACUUUAGCGUCUGGGGUAUCGUGGACGAUGCGGACGAGGAGAUCCAGGCGUUGAAGCAGCGCCAAGACGCGAUGGAGGCCCAGGCAGAGCAGGAGUUUGAUAAAUUGGAGAAAAGCGGCGUUUUCAAGCGGGACGAGGACUCGGUCAUGGACGACAGUUUCGACACCCACGAACAGAAGCGACAGAAAAUGGACUUCCACCCCGCCACCGCCGUUCCCGGCGGUUGGGAGUUGAAUCUUGAAGGAGACGAGUUCUCGGUGGUGAAUCGUAACAUGGACAUCCAGAACGAAAUUGCCAGGCAGUUGGUAAACGCCAAGAGACAGCCCGACAGCCGGGUCUCAACGCCCGCAACUCCUAUGGAAGAGCUUGAGACAGAUUUCCAGUUAGUCAAGGCUCUCGCCACCAGCGACGUGAACAUGGACGACAUUGUGGCUGAAAAGCCGUUUGAGCCAGUGUUGCACCCUUCCGUCUUUGACAUUGACACUCAGCCGUCAGUGCUCGUGGCGGACGAUUGGUCUGCCCAAUUGGAAAUGUCCUCCCACUUGCACUCAUCCCUUGCCCCCGAAGCCAGACCCGUUUCCGCAAAGCCGCGCAUCUGCAUGGAAGAUGUUGACCGCAUCUUGUUCGGCCACUUUGAGAGCACCCAGGUGGAGAUUGAGGAUGAUGAGGUUUCCGAGAACCUUCUUAGAGGAUUGGCUAGCCCCCAAACCACUGCCGCAAAGUUACAGACGAUGAUCGCCCGCGCCAAGAUCUUGAAGCGCAACAGCGGUUUUCCCAAGAUCCAAGCCUCGGCGCUUUCCUUCACCGACCUCGUGCGGUUUCACGACGCCCGCAGCGACUACGACUACUUCUGGCGCUUGUGCUCGAAGUUGUUUGACCAACAGUGUCUCAUGACCUCGGCCGAUGUCCAGGAGGCCCGUAGCCAAGCUACUCCAGAGGUAGCAGAGCACGUGGCGGCUCUCUACAGACGCCAGCUCGUGACCAUGUGGAUACAUGACUUCAACAAUCAGACCGUAACGCGAAUGUUGGCGCAGAGCGACUCGUUGGAGACCAUCUUCGGCCACUUGUGCGCGAACGACCUAAACAAGGCCGUGGAGCUCGCCAUCCAGGGUAACAACAAACACUUGGCGGUGCUCAUCUCGCUUCUCGGGUCAAAUGAUGCCUCGGUAAAGUAUUCGGCCACCAGACAGCUUGCGGUGUGGAAGGAAACCGGUGCUAUAGCCUACAUUGCGCCUGUAAUUAUCAAAAUCUAUCAGUUGCUCACCGGGGACGUUUUCAACACCACAUAUAUUGAUGUCACCGAGGGCUUGGCGUGGUCGGUAUCCAUAGGCUUGGAGCUCUACUAUGGUGACCUCAACCAGACGUUAAGGGACACGUUUGAGGGAUGUUUGGCCUCCAUUGACACCUCUGGCGUUACCGAUGUGUGUCUCUCUGCGAUGAAGUUGUAUGUGUUUAGAGAUGACAUGGCUGCCGCUACGACCCUUCUUUCUAGCGAUGCGGUUCCGGUGGAGUUGAGAUGGUUUGUGUUCACCUUUGUGAAAGGUGCUGACGCGACAUUGGGCGACGCUUUGUCGUUGGAGUUUGCGGAACAGUUAGAGAACAGCAGCCUCAUCCAGGAGGCGGUCUUUGUGUUGUCCCACAUGAACCGCGACGAGGACGUGGAUACCCACAUCACGAGGGUGGUGAUGGACAGAAUCGAUGACAUCCAGUCGCUCCACUACGAGCACGCGCUUGUGAACACGUUGCACGUCCCAAGACGCUUAAUCGACGAGGCUAUUGCAGCCAAAUACAGAUCCUUUGGCGACUACUGGAACGAGGCGUCGGCGCUUCUCGAUGCGAGCAACUACGCCGAGGCCCACGCCACGAUCCUUGAGAACGUGGCGCCAAAUGCUGUCAUUUCGGGCGGAAAGUAUUUGGAUAACCUCCAGCAGCUCCUUGAUAGGUUCGCCAACAGAGGCAGAAUCGUCCACUGGUCAUCCGGAGCAGGAGUCUACGCUGCGUACAUCCAGGUAUUGCGGGAUGACCGUGAGGCCCUUACUGACUUGCUUACAAACCUCCCCGUGUUAAAGCUCGGGAGCUUCCAGAUCACUGUCGCAGCCAACUUAAUGGCCCGAAAGGUUGCCGAUAGGUGUCUUGAGAAUCCCACAGAACUUCAUGCUGACAGCUUAUUGAGCCUUCCUUUGUGCGCGAGCGACGCGGGCUAUGUCCGCAAACAACUCGACCGCGUAGCCCUGCGCCGUGAGGUGGCCAACGAAAUUGAUAUUUAGAAAAGUACUCUGGUAUGUGAUUUAUGUAUAGUAUGUUUAAUUAGAUU